AAAUUGCUUUUGUUUUAAUGAAUUCCUUCAUGAUAUUAAGUCUGAUUUAAAUUAAGGUAAAAUUUUAGUUUGAAUACAGAUGUUAUGAGAUUUUUCAUUCAAUAUAAUUACGACCAAUUUCACCCAACACUAUAAGUCCUUUUCCGUGCGCGUGUGAGUAGGUUCAGUCUAUUCGCCAUGGCCAAGUCCAAGAAUCAUACCGCGCAUAAUCAGAGCUACAAGGCUCACAGGAACCCUGUGAAGAAGAUCAAGAGCAGUCGCCACCCUUCUCUGAAAGGCGUUGAUGCCAAGUACCUGCGCAACAUGCGGUUCUCCCGUAAGCAUAACAAGAGCACAGCUCAACAGAAGAAGACCUUCGAGAAGAGGAAGGUCGAGGGCAGGCCCGACAAGCGGCCGAGUCUGCACUGAUUGGCGACAAAUAUAAAUUCAAACAGUG